UAAGUAAAUCAAUCAAUAAAUAUCCAAUAAUUGAUCUUUUACCUUAUUCCACUUCAGUUCACAAUCACUGCCUCAAAAGAACAACAUAUUCUAGAUUCCUUUUAAAUGGAAAAAUGUUUCUUGCUACUUCAAUGUAACAAGGUUGAACACAUACACACAUACACACACACAUACACACACACACACACACACACACACACACACACACGAACUGCAAUGAAAUUGAAUCUAAAAAUAGUUGCUUUACUAUACUCUUUCAUGACUCAUGUAUUCUUUUACCUACAUACUCCAUCCUUCCACAUCAUCCAAUAUUACUAUCUUCUAGAGUUCUAAAUUUACAAAUAAAACUAGAGUCAUGCCUGCCUUCUAGACCAUGAGCAGAGAGGAUGAAAAGACAGUUAUGAUGUUCUGUCUUGCAGUAGAAACGUAUACAUUAUAAAUGUUUCCUACACUAGUAGAUGGUUUCUUAGAAGCCUCUUAAUAAAACAAGGGUGAAGGAAAUAUUCAUAAAGGGUUAACCAGUGAUGGAGAAUGUUGAGUUGACUUGAUACAUGAAACCCAUACUUCACCUUCCUGUGCAGGAUCCUUGCGCUCAGACCACAAGAAUCAACAGCAUGGCAGCCACAAAUGUGGCAAUUGGAGUGAUCUUCUUAUCACAAACUGUCACUGGAAUUCUGGGCAAUUCCUAUCUCCUCCACUAUUAUCUGUUGCUUCACUUCAGGGGGUGCAGGUUAAGGUCAACAGACUAUAUCCAGCAUCACUUGCUUACGGCAAACAUCUUAAGUCUACUGUGUAAUGGAGUGCCCCAGACAAUGGCAGCUUUUGGUUGGAAAGACAUCUUCUGGGAUAUUGGGUGCAAACUACUUUCCUAUCUCCACAGGGUGGGGAGGACAGUGUCCAUCAGCAGCACCUGCUUCUUGAGUGUCUUCCAGGUUAUUACUAUCAGCCCCAUGGGCUCAACAUGGUCAAAAUGUAAAUUGCAAGCUCCCAGGUACAUUGGCUCUUCCACAUAUCUGACCUGGAUCCUGUCCCUUCUUAUAAACAUAGUUUUUCCUGUGCACAUAACUGCGAAGUCCAGCAAUACAAAUAUCACAAGUCUAAAAGAGUUUGGAUACUGUUCCGCUAUCCGUCAUGACAAAGUCAGUGACAUCUUCUAUUCAGUAUUACUCACAAGUCCUGAUGUGUGUUUUGUGGGCCUGAUGCUUUGGUCCAGCAGCUCCAUGGUUUUCAUCCUCUACAGACACAAGCAGAGAAUGAAGCACAUUCACAGGAGCAAUGUCUCCCUCAGGUCCUCCUCUGAGACCAGAGCCACAAAGACCAUUCUUCUCUUGGUGAGCACCUUUGUAUGUUUUUACACAGUUUCCUGCCUCAUACAUACUCAUUUAGCUCUUGUCUAUCAUCCCACAUGGUUCAUGGUAAAUGCUGCUGCAAUUGUCUCUGGGUGUUUCCCAACUGUGAGCCCCUUUCUGCUGAUGACCUGUGAAUCUUCAUUCUGUCUUCAAUGGGCAAGGAAUAGAAAAUACUAA